CUCAAGAUCUCAAUAUUCCUGCCAACAAUUCUCUACCAUACCCAUGCCAUAGGUCAAGAAUACUCUGCGAAGCUCUUCCUUGGGAUAUGCGGAAAAUCAAGCGUCUAACAACUUCACUAUCAAAUUUCAGCCCCUGCUUGAGGCUACCCCUUCAUGCCCCCUCGAAUGCUACUGUCUCAGACAAUAUUUUUUAUAUAAAUAUCGACGUGCAAUGUCCAUCUUCCUCAAACUAUCUUCAUCUCAUAUCAUAUCAACGAUGUCUACAAUCACCUCUACCAAUGCUACUCUAUAUGCCCAAAUCUGGUGCUUGAUCUAUUCGAAUGUCGCCGUCGUCGUUGGAAUCCUUUCCACGAUAGUGAUCUUGAUUCAUCCAUCUGCUGCGCCUCCCAUGCCUGAAAGGAGACGGGUCUCCAGUCAUCGACUACGACUCGCCCCUUCUAUAAGUUCAAUCGAAACCAAAUCAUCGACUGAAUCUACUACCUCUACCCUGGUGGAAGGAAAUACUUCAUCUACCUCACCUGCACACUCGUCUGAAGAUACUGCCCUGCCCCAAGCUAAACAAGCUCACCGCCCCAGUAUCUCCUUUAUGAAUACCACCGUUGUUCUUCCGACUUCGAAAGAUCUUACUCGUCCAAUGAAACCAAUAGCUCGUCGCAUAGUUUCCUCGUCGCACAUUGUCUCGCAUACUUUCAAAGACAGUAUCGUUACACCCACGUCGAAAAUGACCGCGCAAAUACUCCCUGCGUCAAAAGCUUCUUCCCAGAAAACUGCCAAAAAGGUCGCUUUUCUGACACGUCAAAGUUUCAAAGCCACAAAAAAAUUCGUCGGUAACAUGUAAAACCCGGGCAGUCAUUAGGCUGAUGCUCAACGGCGAGGAAGCAAUUAUAACCCUUAUUCACAAUCAGACUUCGUGUUCGUGUUAAAUCUCGCUCUGGAAGAAUGGACUUCAUACGUAUGCAAAUGCUGGCUUAUUUAUACCCUCUUGUACUACCAAUUGUGCAACUCAAAACUCC